AUGAAUUCCGUCGACGCCUCGGAGCAUUAUGAACUGGGAGCCACAGCACCAUCCCUCCUCACCGUAAUCAUUGACACAAACCCACACGCCUGGGCCCUCCUCGAAGACUCCCUCCCACUCUCCAAGGCAGUCGCCAACAUCCUGGUCUUCAUAAACGCCCACCUAGCCUGCAACUACGCAAACGAAGUAGCAGUGGUCGCCUCGCACAGCCAAAAAGCCGCCUGGCUCUACCCGUCCCAAAAUGCCCCGAGUCCCUCUGCCGACCAAGACGGCGACGUCACAAUGAAUGGCAACACAACCCCCCAAACAAACAAAUACCGCCCCUUCCGCAUCGUCGAAGAGCAAGUCACCCGCAAUCUAAAAGACCUAAUAGACUCCACAACCGGCGAUGACCUCCGCAGCAACAUGUCCACAAUGCUAGCAGGCGCACUCACCCUGGCCCUAAGCAACAUAAACAGACGCACAAUCGCCUGGGCAGAGGAACACGGCGGUGCAAACCUCGAAGAUGCAGCCGCGGAAGCAGGAGGUGGCGGCGGCGGCGGAGCAGGCGGAGUAGCCGCCGCGCCGAACAGGUACUCCGCAUCCAACGAAGACGAACGCCUCCAAAGCCGGAUCCUGAUCGUGUCCGUGAGCGGGUCUACCGAUUCCGCGCACCAGUACAUCCCCGUUAUGAACAGCAUCUUCGCUUGUCAGCGGCUGCACAUCCCCAUUGAUGUAUGCAAACUUAGCGGGGAUGCGGUGUUCCUGCAGCAGGCGUCGGACGCGACCAAGGGCGUAUAUAUGGCCCUUUCUGAGCCGCGGGGGUUGCUGCAGUAUUUGAUGAUGGCUUUCUUGCCGGAUCAGCGCUCGCGCCGGCAUUUGGUGCUCCCCACGCGGGUGGAUGUUGAUUUCCGUGCUGCGUGCUUUUGUCAUCGGCGGGUUGUGGAUGUUGGGUUCGUGUGUUCGAUUUGUCUUAGUAUUUUCUGUGAACCGCCUCCUGGGGGCGAUUGCAUGACUUGUGGGACGCAUUUGGAUGUUGGGGAUUAUCAUGUUAGGCCGGCUUUGCUACCGCGGAAGAAAAAGAAAAAGAAGCGUGUUAAUGGGGCGUCUGGGGCUGGGACGCCUAUGUCGACUCCUACGCCCGGUACUUGA